GUCACAGGGUUUAUUUAACACGUAGCUCAAUCCACCCACACUCAUACAUUUAACCAAGACGGAGAGUCGGAACUACUGCUGGCUACGUCUGAAUCGCGGGGUGGCAACAUCGUCUGCUGUUCUUGUCUUUGAUAAUAUUAUAAUAGUACAACAAAGAAUGAAAAUAUAAUCAUCAGAAACAAAACCUCUUAUUAACCCGGAGUUGGAAUUAAUGCGAACAAGCGUCAACACAAGAUAAUUUGUUUGCUAAACAUAUAAAACAACAAGAAUAUAUUAUUGUAUAUUCUGACUGUAUAAAUCAGGAGAUUCUGCAGACGUUAUUUGGGAUUGUUCAAGAAAGAAAAUGGAAAGGAUUACAAGUGCGCAACCACCUCCUUGUAUGGCAAAACACCCGUCACUGGAGAUCUCUGACAUGCAAGGGAUGGACUUCUCCAUGUACGUAUACAAGCCCAGAAGAGGCGUGAAGCGCGGGCACGAGGACAGUAAGGAAACUUACAAGCUGCCCCAUCGACUAAUCGAAAAGAAAAGACGUGAUAGAAUAAACGAGUGCAUCGCUCAACUGAAGGAUUUAUUGCCAGAGCACCUUAAACUUACAACGCUGGGCCAUCUGGAGAAAGCUGUGGUUUUGGAGCUCACGCUCAAGCACGUGAAAGCGCUGACUACUCUGCUGGAGCAGCAGCAGCAGAAGAUCAUGGCCCUGCAGAACGGCAUGCAAAUCGGUGAGCAGCCCUCUCCUAGCCCAGAGAACAGUGAGGAGAUGUUCCGCUCAGGGUUUCACAUGUGUGUGAAGGAGGUCCUCCAGUACCUGGCCAAUCAGGAGAGAGACGUGACACCCUCCCAAAUGAUUGGCCACCUGCACAAGGUGGCCUCGGAGGUGCUGCAGGGCGCUCCCGGCCCGCGCUCGGAAAAGCCCGCCCACAAGGAGAAGCCUCCUGGGCCGCUGCCCAAGGGGACGGAGGGGCACGGGAAGAACUGCGUGCCCGUCAUCCAGAGGACUUACCCGCAGAUGGGUAGCGAGCAGAGCGGCAGCGACACAGACACUGACAGCGGCUACGGGGGCGAGCUGGAGAAGGGCGACUCCAAGCCCGAGCGCGCCGUCUACUACGGCGACGAGCGGCAGCUGAAGUACGCGCUGUCCGAGAGGGUGGCGGGAGUCAUCAAGCAGGAGGGCGACGAGCCGCGGGCCAAGCGUCUCCGGGUCGAGUCCUCGGAGGACGAGUCCCUGUCCGGGAGCGAGGCCAUGGGCGGCCCCGCCAGCUACAUGGGCUUCUCCCCCCACCAGCCCUCGCUCUGCAUGCCCUUCUACCUCAUCCCCCCCGCCUACCUGCCCAUGCUGGAGAAGAGCUGGUACCCGGGGGGCAUGCCCGUUCUGUACCCGGGCCUCGGAGGGUCGGGGGCGGGCCUUUCCCCGGAGAAGCACCCUCAGUCCCUCGUCAUGUCCCCCAGAGUGGGCUCCCCAGUCUCUGCGCCAAGCCCUAUGGACUCCCCAGCGUUGCUCCAAGCUUUGAAGCAGGUCCCCCCCUUGAACUUGGAAACCAAAGACUGAGAACUUUCCUUUUCCAUCCCCUUGAGCAACCCCCACUCUGAGAGUUGAAGGUAGUCUGCUGAUAAACCAUGAAAGGUAUGAAGAGAAGGAAAGAGUUGAGGGCAGCCUUGUUGUCCUUCAGCAGCUAGUGUGGUGGUCCCUCUUGAGGCCACCGUUUCCUAGUGAGAGAACAGGGCUGCCGAAAUGGCAGGUCAUCUCCAGUCUUCACAGGGCUACUGAAAGCAUGCCAGCUCAUCACCAGUCUUCAACCCCGGAAGAAAGAGAGAGAAAGACACGAUCAACAGAGAAAUCUACGAGAGAGCACCUCAGAGAAACGCUGAAGGUGAAAUGUACGGACAAAUUGAAACAUCAAAAGAAAUGUGAUUGGUGAAUGCAGGAGGUUCUUCUUUCCUUCGGGCUGGUGUUAGAAUCAAAGUUUUGAAUGUGAUUUGUGCUCCACUCCCCAGCCCCACAGCAACAGGACCUUCCCUUUGCAUAAGCACGCCUCAGUUGAAUGUAACCUGAAAAAACCCCUGUAGAUGCUGCUUUCAAAGUGUCUGCAUGCUGUAGACAAAUUGAUGGAGGGUGAGAGGGAGAAUUCUCCUUCUUGUGCAUGUAGCUGCUGAAUCAAAACAGAUCUUACCCCGAAACCUGUUCACGCAUAACAGUCAUGCCAGCAUUCUUGUAAUAUCAGCUGCGCGUCUGACUGUUGGCCAGAGCUAUGAAUGCAGAUACACAUCCUUUCACACCCAUACGAGCACCUCAAAAAUACGCCAUGGAGUUUUUCAAAGAUAAUGCUUACUUGGAAGCCUGGUUUUCAUCAUUCUUGAAAAUUAGGGAGUUGAUAAUGGGUAGUAACACAUAUUUUAGUGUUCAGUUUAGAAUUCAUUACCAUUUGUACAGAUGGAUUGUAACAUUGUGGGAAAAGUGAUGGAUUCUCUUGUAAUUAUUUUGUUAAUACUACUUGUACAUCUCUAUUUUUGAUACGUGUCCUACAAAUUCUGUACUACCAUGCUGACUAGAAAGAGUUUUAAACGGUUGUUCAUCGUAUGCCAAGAGAACGUGUACAUAGCACUGUGCUAGAUCUUGCAUCAUUCUCAAAAUUCAUCUCUGGUCAAAUUAAACUUGUUCUUUAUUCAUGAUGUUGCCUUGUGAAAGCUGAUAAAUUGAUAUCAGAAGUUUACUAAAUGUAUUUGUAUGAAUACUGGAAUAUAAAGUCAAGAGAGAAAAGUGAAUGUAAUGUUUUAAACAGAAGAUUAGUUUUGUACAGGAAGAGGUACAUGGGAUUUUAUAUUUUGGGACCUACCAGAAGGUUGUUUGUUGUACAUAUUUUGUCUAUAAAUGUUGAUAAACAUUAUAUAAGCGUAAUAAUAAACUAUUUUUUUUCCUGUGGAAAA